AUGACGCUCCCCAAGGUCACGCUACGCCUGACGCCCACCACCCUGCUGGUGCUGCGCCGGGGGGACCUCACCAAGUUUGCGGGCGACGCCAUCGUGAAUGCCGCCAACGAGCGCAUGCUGGGCGGCGGCGGCGUGGAUGGCGCCAUCCACCGCGCGGCGGGGCCGUCGCUGUUGGAAGCUUGCCGACAGGUGCCAGAAGUGCGGCAGGGGGUGCGCUGCCCCACGGGGGAGGCGCGGAUGACGACGGGGGCGGGCCUGCCUGCCCGCAACGUCAUCCACACGGUGGGGCCCGUCUACCACAACGCCGAGGCCUCAGCGCCGCUGCUGGAAAGCGCGUACCGCAGCUCCCUGCAGCUGGCCAACCAGCACGGCCUCAAGACGGUGGCAUUCCCGGCCAUCUCAUGCGGCAUCUUCGGCUACCCGUUCGAUGAAGCGGCAGAGAUUGCGGUGCGGACGUGCCAGCAGGAGGCGGGGCAGCUGCAGGAGAUCCACUUCUUCCUCUUCGGCCAGCCCAUCCUGGAUGCCUGGCUGCAGGCAGCAGAAGAGGCCCAGCUGCAGCCGGCGGAGGAGAGGCAGGAACUGUGA